UCGUGGUGUAAGAUGUGGGGCAGGGACCGCGGCAGGUUGGUCCGUUCGGGACGAAGCACUCCACAGCAUGACGCGACCGCGAUCUCACCCCGUACCUCACACGACCUUCCAACACGCACAUCAGACGCCAAACAGGUCCUCUUGGCUGACUGAUCCUGCUUUGGCAACCACGAUGCACCCGAAUCGAUAGGGUCACCAAUCCGCCGAGCCAGCCCCAGCCCCUGUGGUUCCGGUAACCGUGGAAGCGCACCCAGGCGCAAUGGAUCAGACCGCAGGCGCACUUUCCAACAUGACUUCCUUCCUGCCGUCACCAGCAGACCUCCUUCUUGUCUUUCCCCGGCUCUUCGGAAAAGCAAGCUCGCUCGGCGACAUGAUGCGCUCUGGUGGCAGCAUAAUUGCCGAGCCGACCAUGGCCAAUGUCACCAAUGGCACAGCGGCCACGACUGCUGGCAAGUUUGCGCAAGAGUCCGUAGCAGCUGCAGCAAGUGCCGCUUCUGGGUCGACAGACGAGAUCAGCAUAUUCCAGGCAUUCAAGAACGUCGCCAGCUUCUUCAGCUACAUGACUUCUAAGUGGGCGAUUGCGACGUUUGCCAUUGCCAUUCUCUUGAACAGAACUCAGUUCUAUGCCUCCAGCCGCGUGCCGCUCUCCUUCGACCGCCUACACAUGCGCCUCGCUCUCUACAUCAUCCCUUUGAUGCUGUUCACGUUGCAGAACCUGAACAUGAUUCGCGCCAUCCGAUGCCAGACGUCCCCCGACUGGUCGCAGAUGCAGUAUGGAACCCCGGGACGAUACCUCAGCACAGACUUCAGUGGCGAGGGGGGAUACCUAUACCGCGCUUCGUCUCGUUUUCUCUUCUGGGAGACUACGAUAGACUCGUGCCAAGCCGUCGGUAUGUUCCCCAGUGAUGCUGACACGACGCGAGACAAUGGCUCGCUCGCUCUGCUGUGGCCUUUGUUUAUGUCCCUGGGCUUCGGCCAGUUCGUCGAGACACUGUGUUGCGCUCUCCAAGGUCGCCCGCCUGUUCAGGAAGUUGGUAUGACCAUCUUCGAGCACUCGCUGGCUUUUGCCGAAGCCGAGGCUGUCGUGACCAAGCCCUUGACCAUCAAUUCUACGCGAUUCAACCAACCCAAGAAUGUGCUGGUUCCCAAUGGCUCAGCCGUACUGGUAACUCGGCCCGGUCUCAACAGCAUCGCGAAUGUCCCACCAGAGGUCCUCUUGAUAUCUCUCAUUUCCAGCAUCAGUCACUGGACCAGCAAUCUGCUGGCAAUCGCCGGGGUACGCUCAAGGUAUCGACUGGUCACCACCGGCAUCUGGGGCUUAGCAUACAUGGCAACGUUUGUAUGGAGCUUCGUGCGGCUGACCGAGGCCAUUGCAGAAUCUGACAAUCCCGUUGGCCUGCUGCGGUUUCCCACUGUGUGCAUCAUUGGAUUCAUCCCUCACCUCUUGAUCAUCACUGGCACUGUCACCUGUGGGCUCAUCUACCUCCUGGCCUUCUUCAUCACUGUUCUGGCACCUCCACCAGGCCAGCCCGAGUCAAUGACAUGGAAGGAACGCUUCGAGACUGCCUACAACAACCUGCACGCCAACAUCCACCUGUCAUCGAUAGCACCACUUACGAUUAGUUGGCAUGAAGACUUCUACACGGCGAUUCUGAAGGUGGGAUUCACGGUUUUGACCGCUGCGAGCGAAGCUGUAUUCCUUAAUGAAGGCGCCCGAAUCAAUGUCCACUCGAUGACAUUCGUUGAGAAGAAGAGACUGAAGGAAGUGCUGGACCGCCGACGCCAGUUCAGGAAGAAAUUGACAGAUAUCCCAAAUGAGCUGACAGCGGAGUCUUUCGCUCCUGGCGUUGGCGUAGAGGAUAAACCGAAUGCUGGCACUUCUGAUCAAGCAUCGGCUUCGGGUUAUGGCCGCGAGCGAAAGACUCGCAGUAUGGCUGUUGCACCUGGGGCUGCCAGAACUGGAGCGCAGGGUGAUCCAGCUGGACUGCAGCAAAGGAGGGGCCGCUUUCACCUUACUUGGCAGUUCUUGAAGGGCAUUGCAAGACUGGUCAUGCUCGUCCACGCGAGACUGACCAUUGCAAUGCUACGACGACUAAGAGUUGGAUACCGCCCAAGAUGGCUCAGGCGACUCGCUGGACCUCGUCCCGUGAAAGAACCGCGCUUCCCAGCGCAGGCCUACACCGAUAGACAGCGCCGCGCGGCAUCUGUUGACGCAUGGUUGACACUCGAUGACCGCUCCCGCAUCCGUAUCGACAAUCAAUUCGACGCUGAGGCAUUUGCGAAGGAACGUCUCCGCCAAACAGGAUUCCUCGACGCGCCCAGCGCCGGGCAGUCUGACGAACGCGUUGACGACUACAUGUACUCAUGGUGGCGUAACGGAGGUCGCUUCGGCGAUGUUGAUCACAGCAGCGACUACAUACCACCGCCAGACGACGACGUAACGAGUGUUAUCUCAUAUGCGACCACUGAUGACGACGACGACUGGUCAGACAUGGAGGAGGACGGGCAUCGAACACCUACUCGGGACACUUACCAGCGGACGCGAGAGUCAACACCAGCUGCAGAGAAUGAUCUCGAUCUUUCGCGCCUUUCAGUUCUUCUGGACCCCAAGACUAAAGAGGAUCGAGAGGAAGCGAAGCUCUUAUCACGACACCUUCAGAGUCCACAGAUCAUGACCCGAUCGCAAUACCGUAAAGCUCUGGACCAAGAUCAAGCUAAGAUUCUGAUGACGUCUCGUUAUCGUCUUGAAACCUCGGCCGGUAUGACGGCAGAGGAGGAAGAGCAGCUCCUGGAGGAUCUAAUCCUCAACAAGAGGCAGGCUGCUCCACCGCCAGGCUCAUCUACAGCAGGCAGCUGGGACACUGGAGCGGAGGGUAUGGGAUCCGAGGGCCCGCAGUGCGUUGUAUGUCAGCUGUCACCUAGGACGGUCCUUGUGUGGCCGUGUGGAUGUCUGUCGCUCUGCGACGAGUGUCGUGUGGGACUGGCGAGCAAGAAUUAUACAGCGUGCGUGUGCUGUAGGACAAAGGUGGUUGCAUAUUCCAGGCUGUACGUACCAUGAGGCAUAUAGACUUUGCAUCGCCUGGAGUUAAUAUCAGGCUUCGUUCUCGAUACAUGUCAUGCUUGAGCGUCUACUUGUAUGUCAAUUCUGG